AUGCUAUUUACACGUGCCCCACCACCACCUACUCCUCCCAAUGACGAUGAUGAUGCUGAAGCCGGCUGCAAACUGAUGGACGCAUUUGCUAUAUUUAUUCAACUCUGCUUGGCUGCAGCUGCAUUCUCUACACUGAUUAUCAAACGGCAUCGGGAACAUCCGCAGAGGCCUGUGCGCAUUUGGGGUUUUGACGUCAGUAAACAACUUUUUGGCGGCAUCGUGAUCCACACACUCAAUGUGGUAGCGUCCUAUAUCUCUGGAGACAGUCUCGAAGGGCAACAAAGCAAUCCUUGUGUCUGGUACUUUUUGAAUAUACUUGUGGAUACAACGCUUGGUGUGGGGAUACUAUGGGCCAUCUUGAAGGGAUUCCAUCAUGUGCUUAUUGAUCGUCUACAACUGCAUGAGUUCCAAAGUGGUGUCUAUGGUGAUCCACCCUUUCGAAAACAAGUCAGACGAUGGUCCAAGCAAUUGGCGGUCUAUAUCACGGGUCUCGCUCUCAUGAAAGUACUCGUCGUCCUGCUAUUUCAUUUAUGUCCUUGGUUAUCAGACUUUGGUCGAUGGGUCUUGCAAUGGACCAUGGGUAAUUAUAAACUACAAGUCGUUUUUGUCAUGCUUGUAUUCCCACUGGCUAUGAACAUUAUUCAAUUCUGGAUCGUGGACACCAUCGUCAAGCACAAUACCGAUAAAGAAGCCAUUCGAUUAUCACCGGAAGAGGAUGAAGAAGACAUGUUGAUUGGUGAAGAUGACGAGGAUGACAACAACACACAUCGCCAUAACCUCCCUUUGUCUGGAUCCCCUAAACUCACGCCCCAUCAUCCUCCAUCCUCCUUAUCAUCCGAGCACAGCACUUAUGAACUCGUGGCCAACAACAGUCGAUCUUAA